GUGCUAAAUAGCAAACUGUAAAGAACGGUAAAGCAGUAUCAGCUGAUGGAUUAGGAAUAGGACAGGAAAGAAACCAGUCUGGUCCGGGUCGCAGCUGGGCAAGAUUGGGCUUUACGGAUAGUUGGCUAAUUCAGCUGUCACCUCGCGCAAUCAGAAAUGGAUUUUCGUGGUAAAAAGCAUGAACGUGGCAGCAACUGGUCUGACCAAGAGGUGGUGGAACUCUUACAGCUGUGGUCAGAUGAGUCUGUCCAAAUUGAACUUGAGAGCUGUCUUAGAAAUCAACAUGUUUUCAACCGCAUUGCUGAGGUGAUGCAAGGAAAGGGCAUCUUACGGACAGGGGAUCAGUGCAGGGAGAAGAUUAAAAAGUUAAAGCUUGAAUACCGUCGAAUAAAAGAAAACCAAAAGACUAUGCGUAGCGGGCGAAGCUGGAAGUUUUAUGAGGUGAUGGAUCGGGUGUUGACAAAUCGGCCGUCAAUCUCAUACUCUUCAGUAGGGGGCAACGUUAUUACUCACCAUGUCCUCCCGAGCACGACCGUAUCGGAUGCAUAUCUGCAUAGUCAGCAGACCUCAGCAUUCGGGACAGCGACAUCAGGCGCGUUCAUGUUCAAUCAUCCACCCAAGCCUGGAGAACUGAUGGAAAUCAAACGUGAGGACGUGAACUCCGAUGACGGCAUACUUAAUUCUGAUGUUGCAGCUCCUCCUGAGUUACUGUAUCAUAUCGGUUCUGACGACGAACACGAUGCCGACAGUAAAUCGGCUGGACUAGAUCCUGAGGACUUUACAGAUAUGGGACGAGGGGAAGGGGCAGCUCACAGCGGCUACUCCCCCUCAGGUUUCAGUGAUCAGCACAUGGCAGGCUCAUCUGGCACAGGGGUCUCCAUCACUCCAGGCCAGUCCACUGUGGUCAGGGACCGCACUAUCCAUGCUAACCAUGGGGAAGACUCUGGAAGGUCUGCCCCGCUUAGGCAGAGAAAGCGUCGCAGGGCGGGGCGAGGCGUCUGUGGGCGGGGUUUGCUGGAUGAAGCGCUUGUGAGUUUCCUGAACUGGCAGCGUUCAGCAGAGGAGCGUCUCCUGGCCCUUGAGGAGGUACGUUUGGAGAAGGAGGCGCAGGCAGAGGAGCGGAGGGAGCGGCAGGAGGAGAGACGGGCUGCUCAGGAGCGUGAGCACGAACUUCGCCUCCUCUCCAUUUUUGCCAAUGCUCUCACGUCUGCCAGGAGCGGAGAGGCACAGGGUCCACAGGUCGUCCCUGUACCUCUGGCCAAGGAACCAAUCAGUCCUCCCAGAAUCCCAGCCGUGCCCCACCCCCUUAACAAUACCAGCCCCAUCCAGCACAGCAAGUACCUGUCUCGCCGUGGCAACAGCAUCCACCAGCAUGUGGGAAUUCUGCAGGACGGCUACAGCUCGUAUCACACUGACAAAUAUGAUGAAAACAGCAAUCCAAAUGGUAUAAUCAACCUGGGGACCAGUGAGAACAAACUGUGCACUGAUCUUCUUCAGAAGCGCCUAACCCAACCUGACAUGCUCCAUAUUGAGUCUUCACUGCUGCAGUACCCAGACUGGAAGGGCCAUGGCUUUUUCAGAGAGGAAGUAGCCAAGUUCCUUUCUCAUUACUGUCGGUCUUCCAGUCCACUGAAGACUGAAAAUGUGGUGGUGAUGAAUGGCUGUGGAUCUCUCUUUUCAGCCAUGGCAGCUGUACUUUGUGACCCUGAGGAUGCAAUCCUCAUCCCUACCCCGUUCUACGGUGCAAUCAUGGAGGAUGUGAAUUUGUACAGCAGUGUUCAGCUUUACCAUGUUCAUCUAGACAGUCAGCCAUGUAACAGUGACGAUAGGCCCUUUAAGCUUACUGUAGAAAAACUGGAGACGGCACUGAUGAAGGCAAGGAAAGAGGGUGUGAAUGUCAGGGCCCUUAUCCUGAUAAACCCCCAUAAUCCACUUGGAGAGAUCUACACACCGCAGGAGAUGACCAGCUUCCUGGAAUUUGCCAAAAAGAAUGACUUGCAUGUGAUAGUGGAUGAGCUGUACAUGCUGUCUGUAUUUGAAGAGUCGGCCGUCUUCCACAGCAUCCUCAGCUUUGACAGGUUACCGGAUGCUCAGAGAACACAUGUUUUGUGGGGACUUAGCAAGGACUUUGCAUUGGCAGGCGUGAGGGCUGGCUUUGUGUAUUCAGAGAACAGAGAGCUGGUGGAAGCUCUGGAUCAGUUGGGCUGUUUCCACGGCGUCCCUGGUCCUACCCAGUACCAGAUGGCCCAGCUCCUCCAGGACCGCGACUGGAUCGAUGGAGAGUUCCUGCCAGAGAACAGGCUGAGGAUGCAGACAGCACACAGGUACCUGACAGGGGAGCUGAAGAGGAUGGGAAUUCCAUAUCUCCACAGAGAUGCCGGCUUCUUCAUCUGGGCAGACUUCCGGAAUUAUCUGCGGCAUCCCUCCUUCUCCGAGGAGUUGUGUGUGUGGAGAUGUUUCCUGAAACACAAAGUUCUGCUGAGCUGUGGUCAGGCCUUCAGCUGCUCCACACCGGGCUGGUUCAGGAUCAUCUUUACUGACCAGCAGCAGCGAUUACAGCUGGGUAUGCAGAGAGUACGGAAAGCUCUGGAAGAGCUGAAGGCCAAAGCACUUGAGUCAGACACAGAAAGAGAUACUAAGACACCUAAACACAACGCAAAAGAGACAACAACCAAUUCUGCGAUAGAAACUGCCUCAAAGACAUCGACCAUAAAAGAGUCUGAAGAGAGAAACACUACUGAGGCUGAUGCCAUCUCAUUGGCGGGGGAGGAGUUUGAAGUGUUGGACUGCCAGGCCAAUCAAACCCCUGAGAAGCUCGAUGACCUCAUAGGAGCGCUACGGGAACAGAUCCGCUCCUCUGAUUGGCUGGAAAAGAAUAGACCGGAAUUAUCUGCUGAUGAGGACCCCUCUCAGCUAGAUGUGUUUACUGAUCUAUUACAUAGAGCCAGAAUGUAGCAAAGUCCUCUCCAAAUAAUGAUCAAUAUCAGUAUCAUAUGAUGAUCAAUAUCCAUUGUUUCUUAUGGAACUUAUGAAGUAUUUGUGUUCUUGUUUUUUAAAAACAUUUUUAACCCUAAUUUUUGCCAUUGGUGAUGCAUCUCAUGAAACAUCUUUUGAUUUCUACUUUUGAUAUGGCUUUGUAUACUAGUUUUUUUAGUUUUUGUGCAAAAAUAAAAUCAAUUUUCUGUGUCAAACAACACAUCAGUUCCUUUAAGUAAAGUCUUGAUUUUUUUUUUCCUUUUGCAUUGUUGUACAAAUGAGUAUCGGGGCCCUGAGGAAAAAAAACCAAAACAGACUUUUUAUUCAAGGGUUCUGCUACUUUUGAAGUGUUUCAUAAACGUUUGGUGCUGUCCAUAUGGAAUGUGUUGAAGAAUGCCUUUACAAUCUGAUUAAAUGAAAUUCUUGUUUUGAA